CCAAACGCAGAUCGUUCAAUUGGGAAUCCUACGCAGCAAUAGCUCAGCAAUGUCUUCUUCCUCUUCUCUUCUCCUAUAUAAAGAACUCAAUUCUUUCAUUUCUUCACCAUUCUUCUUCAUUUUUCUUCCUAAGUGUUCCCGAGAGUGUGAGGAGUGUUCUGCAGGUUCUAUCAUUUUGGUGUGAAGCCGCCGAAGCUAGUCACAAACCUUGGCGGAAGUUUUACCAGAAAAUUCUCAAAACCUUCGUUAAGCUUUGAGCCCAAAACUAUCUCCUGCCCGCCUGGUGAAGAAAAAAAAAAGAAAAAUGAGAAGGGGUUGAAGGAGAAGGGCUACAGUUGAAGCGAGAAGCUCCAGAGCUUCAGAGCAGAGAUUUAAACAAUCUUUCAAUUCCGAAAAAGGGAUUCGAGAAUGGAAGUGGGUUUGGAUGUUAUUGACCUUACUCCCUUAUCCCAAUUUGGAUGCAAAAGAAGAAAGGUUUCUCUCAAUGGGGUGAUUCUGGGCCGGGGUUUAGUUGAUUGUGAGUCUUCUUUACCCACUCUAAGGUCUGCAGAUUAUUUUACUGUGCCCCAUUUGAGCGAAUUGGCUGCCCGGGAGUCAAAGAGUCCUGGUUAUUGCAGUAGAGUUGUUGAUUUUACUGUGGGAAGGAUUGGUUUCGGAAGCAUCAGAUUUAUUGGGGAAACUGACAUUAGAGGGUUGGAUCUUGAAAGCAUAGUCAAGGUUAGAAGACAUGAAGUUGUUGUAUAUGAAGAUGAAACAUCGAAGCCUGCAGUUGGUGUGGGGCUUAAUAAGCCUGCUGAAGUGACCCUUUUAUUGAAACUAAAGCACUUGUACCAAGACACUGAAGAUUCAUCAAGAAAACUCGUAGAGACUUUAAAGAUGAAAACAAAGUGCCAGGGAGCGCACUUCAUUUCGUUUGACAGAGAAAUUGGUGAAUGGAAAUUCUUGGUUCAACAUUUUAGCAGAUUUGGUUUUAGUGAAGAAGAUGAAGAAGAAGAUAUCACUAUGAAUGAUGUUUCACCAGAAGUUCUAGCUCCACUGGACAUGAACAAGGGCGAAGAUUCUGAUAUAGCUGAAGAAAUGUCUUUGACUGAUCCUACACUCCUCUCUCAUUCUCUUCCUGCUCAUCUGGGGCUUGAUCCUGUGAAGAUGAACGAAAUGAGAAUGUUGAUGUUUCCAUCUGAAGAAGAGGAUUUAGGUGAUUAUAGUGGUCUUCCUUUGCAUAGACGAUCACGUCUCAACAGAGAAUCAUCAAAGUCGCCCAUAUUCCAGAAAAGUAACCCGCAUUUGAUUCGCAAGACUCCUUUAGCUCUUAUUGAAUACAAUGCUAGUAGUUUUGGCUCAAGCUCACCGGGCUCUAUUUUAAUGACACAACAAAACAAAGGUGUGCUCCUAAGGACAACAAAUUCUGAAGGGUUUAAGCUGGAUGCCAAGCAGCAAACUCCUGUAAUGGGAAGUCAUUCCAGCAACGUGGUAGAUGCUGCAUUGUUCAUGGGUAGAUCGUUUCGAGCAGGGUGGGGGCCUAAUGGGAUCCUUGUUCAUUCUGGUGCACCCGUUGGAGCUAGUGAGUCCACAAUAUCCUCCAUAAUCAACUUAGAAAAAGUUUCUAUUGGUAAAGUGGCAAAAGACACGAAUCACAAAGUUAGGGAUGAACUUGUUGAUUUUUGCUUCGCUUCCCCGCUGGCUCUUCACAAGGAAAUAAAGCAUGAAACACAAGAGAUUGAGGUGGGCAGUUGCAGUUUAAAGCUUCAAAAACUCGUAUGUGAUCGUUUCAUCCUUCCAGAGAUUUGCAGAAGCUAUAUUGAGAUUGUUGAGAAGCAAUUGGAGGUUCCUGGGUUGUCAUCCUCUUCUCCUAUUGUAUUGAUGCACCAAGCAAUGGUCUGGGAACUGAUCAAAGUUCUCUUUUCCUCUAGACAUGUGAACGAGAAACCAAAAUCUCUGGAAGUCGAUGACAGUGAGGAAGAAAUGAUGUUUGAAGGGAAAGAAAGUACACCAGAUGUAGACACAGAGGCACUUCCUCUCAUAAGAAGGGCAGAAUUUAGUUAUUGGUUGCAGGAGAGUGUCUGUCAUCGGGUACAGGAGGAAGUGAGCUCUUUGGAUGAGUCCAGUGAGCUACAACACAUAUUCUUACUGCUGACAGGGCGACAGCUGGAUGGUGCCGUGGAACUUGCUGCUUCUAGAGGAGAUGUCCGGCUGGCAUGUCUUUUGAGUCAGGCUGGUGGAUUUACUGACAACCGCGUUGAUAUUGAUAAGCAGUUUGAGAUUUGGAGAGUAAAUGGAUUGGACUUUAGCUUUAUUGAGACAGAAAGAGUUAGACUUCUCCAGUUGCUUGCUGGUGACAUCCAUAUGGCAUUACAGGAUGUAAAUAUAGACUGGAAAAGAUUUUUGGGACUUUUGAUGUGGUAUCACCUUUCACCUGAUACUUCAUUACCUCUUGUUUUCCGUUCUUAUCAACAACUUCUGAAUGAAGGGAAAGCUCCGUCUCCAGUGCCCAUUUACAUUGAUGAAGGACUGGAUGCAGAGUGUCUGAAUCCACAUAAAGAGGAAAAGUAUGACUUGUCAUAUUAUCUCAUGUUGCUUCAUGCCAAUCAAGAAACUGAUUGUGGUCUUUUGAAGCCUAUGUUUAGCGCCUUUGCAUCAACAAAUGAUCCACUUGACUACCAUAUGAUUUGGCAUCAACGGGCUGUUCUAGAAGCUGUUGGGGCUUUCAGCUCUAAUGAUCUUCAUGUCUUAGACAUGGGACUUGUUACCCAACUGCUUUGUCUUGGGCAAUGCCAUUGGGCCAUCUACGUGGUGCUCCACAUGCCUUAUCGUGAAGAUUGCCCAUGUAUGCAUGCCACCGUGAUCAGGGAAAUCCUUUUUCAAUAUUGUGAAACUUGGAGUUCUCAAGAUUCACAACGAAAGUUUAUCGAGGGUUUGGGUAUUCCUUCACCAUGGUUACAUGAGGCACUGGCAAUGUAUUACAAUUACCAUGGUGACUGUUCAAAAGCUCUUGAGCACUUUCUCAAGUCUGGUGGAUACUGGCAGAAGUCACAUACCAUUUUUAUGACUUCUGUUGCGCACUCUCUAUUUUUAUCCGGGGAGCACCUUGAGAUAUUUACACUUGCGACCUCCAUGGAGAGUCACAAGGCCGAAAUUGAAGAUUGGGACUUAGGAGCUGGGAUAUAUCUAUCCUUCUAUUUGUUAAGGAGUUCAUUGAAUGAAGAAAAUGACACAAUGAAUGAAAAGGACUCUCUACAGAAUAAAAACAAUGCAUGCGCAGACUUUAUUAGUCACUUAAAUGAGUCUCUGGCUCUUUGGAAUAGCAAAUUACCCGUUGAUGCAAGGGUUGUAUAUUCAAAGAUGGGAGAGGAAAUAUGCAACCUUCUUCUAGGAAGCAGUGAAGAAGAAGAUGAAGGUUCAACAAGUGAGGCACAACUGUGUUGUUAUCAUGAUACAGUGUUUAAGGCCCCCAUCUCUCAAGACCUUCAAAACUACCAUCUGCAGGAUGCUGUUUCAUGUUUUACUUCUUACCUUUCAGAACUUGUUUCCUAGGUUCAUUUCUCAUCUCUUUCCUAUUUAUUUCUUCUCAUAUAUUUUUUUUCAUUUUUGAAAUUGAAACUUGUGCCUUGUAUACAUGCUUUGCAAGUUUGAAUUAAAUGUGUAAUUUUGAUCAUAUAAUACGGAGUAUUAUUGAUAUGCUCUGGUUCAAUACAUUGAUUAAUCUAAU